CGAUCGGGAGCAGAGAGGAGAAGUGCGCACUUCACUCACUUUCUCUCUCUCUUUCUUUCAUAUAUAUAUAUAUAUAUAUGUGUAUAUCUACACACACACACACACACACAUACACACUUACACUCUUUCUAAAGUUGGAUUGUAUUUUGGUGCGUUUUGGUUGAAGUGAAGACAGAACCUAGUGCGCGUUCACGAUGAGCGCGCACGGCACUCCCUCCUCGCGCUUUCCCACCGUGUCGCGCGGAUCCACCAUGCGCGUGAGCGACCAGGUGUACACGACCGGAAACGGCUUCCAAUCGGACCUGAGUGAGAGCAUGAUGCAGCAGCGCUUCAGUGGACACACUUACAGCAUGAAGGGUCAGGGAAGCAUGAUGACUUUCCAAAAGAAAGGCCAGGUUGUAUAUAAUCAAUGCAUGAACAACCUCGAAAUGGCUAAAGCUAUACUGGAGCAAGGAGGAUCUAUGAGUGAAUUUGAAAAUGCCAUGGCGAUGGCUAAUGAUGGCAUGAAGCAGCUUCAUCAGGUUGCGGUGGAAAUGAACAACUACGGCCAGAAUCCUGAAACCAUCUUAAAAAGUGUGGAUGAAUGCAGUGCUUUUACUCUGAGAUUUUAGCUGCUUCAGGACGAAUGACUAUGCGGCAAACUCGCACCAGCACCAGCAGAGAGGAUUACAGCAACAGGAGCUUCCAGGACGCAAUUAAAUGGAUCAACCAACAAAAACGUCUGAUUGAGACGUUACAGUUUGGUGAUGACGGUGCGGCCAUUGAGCAGCAGAUCACAAACCACAACAAGUUCCACAGCUCCAUCCAGAGAAGUUCAGAAGUGCAGAGAGCCAGAGAGGAAAUGAUCCAGUUGGGAGAAAAGGGGAAUAUUCAUGCUCUGGAUCAGGAGUGGGACACAUUACAGAAAAUGUCACAUGACCGGAUGAGCCAGCUGAAGGACAUGCAGAACAUCCUCUCCGACAUCUCUCAGGCCAUCAUGUGGGUGAACGACAGAGAGGAGGAGGAGCUCAUGUUCGACUGGGGUGAUAAAAACAUCGACACCUACAUCCCUAAGAAACGGGAAAGCUAUUCAAGGCUGAUGAGUGAUCUGGAGGAGAAGGAGAAGGAUCUGAACAAGUUAAAAUUCAGAGUGGAUCAGUUACUGAAGAGCAAUCACCCAGCUUCAGAUAAAAUCGAGGCCUACAUGGACACACUGCAGACUCAGUGGAGCUGGCUGCUCCAGAUCACCAAAUGCAUUGAUGUCCACCUGAAAGAAAAUACAGCCUACAGCCAGUUUUUUAAGGAAGCGAAUGAGACAUACACCAAGCUGCAGAAAGAUGAUGAGACUCUGCGCAAGACAUUCACCUGCAAUAAAAAUACACCUCUGGAGACUCUGACUGGACUGCUGAAAAACCUAGAGAAGGAGAAGGAAAGGUUUUUAGAGAAUAAGAGACAGGUACAGACGCUGGUGAACAAGUCAAAGAACAUCAUUUGUCUGAAACCUCGAAACCCAGAGUACAAGUCCAACAACAUAGUGAUAGCAAAGGCACUGUGUGACUUCAAACAGGACAAGAAGAGUAUUUUAAAAGGGAAUGAGGCGAUACUAAUAGAUAACUCUCAGCGCAGUAAAUGGAAUGUGACUGGUCCUGGAGGAUUAAACAUGCUAAUCCCCUCAGUGUGUCUCAUCAUUCCUCCACCUAACCCACUGUGUAUCGACCUGGCCACCAAAAACGAGAAGUACUAUGAAGCCAUCAUGGGUGUCUGGAACCAGCUGUAUAUCAACAUCAAGAGCCUGAUCUCCUGGCAGUACUGUCUGAGAGAUAUCAAUAGGAUAAACUCUCUCACCAUCACCAUGUUGACUAAGAUGAAGCCGGAGGAGUAUAGGAGCAUCAUUAAGAGUCUGGAGUCUCACUAUGAGGAGUUCCGGCAUCUCAGUCAGCAGUCCAACCUGUUUGAGGAAGGAGACAAGAAGAAGAUAGAGGCAGAUUACAGCAGCGCACAGACCCACUAUGACACCAUCAUCACACAAGUCCAACCCGGCAUCGCUGUGCUGCAACCGCCCCCAGUGAAGGUGGAGGUGGUGAGUGCAGUGAAGGCUACCACAGUGAAGACUCCCUCAGAAAACACUGGGAAACCAGUGAGCACCGGAAAAACAGUGAACACCGUGGAGGUCGACACAACGGUGAAAACACAGGCACCUAAACCAUCACUCAACCUGCUCACAUUCACACACACACUGCGGCGCAGACUGGAGGCAGCCGAGAGUGGACUGAGCCAACACCUCCACAUUCCACUGAGAGACAACAGUGUACAUGAGUGUACACAGAGACUGCAGCUACUGCAGGGUGUUCACCAUGACCUUGGAUCGAUCCGUGAUGAGUAUCUGCGUCUGAGGGAGUUGGUGAUAAAGCAGGAAGCGAGCGCUGAUCCUGAGCAGGCCAAGUUCCUUCGAGCUGAACUCGACCUGAUCAACCAGAAACUCAGCAGCCUGCAAGGUUUCUCCAACUCUUACCUGCAGAGGCUCACUGCUCUAAGAGGUCUCCUGCAGAACCUUGUGCAUGCUGAAGACAUUAUAAAAGUUCAUGAAGCUCGACUGACAGAGAAGGAGACCAGCUCUCUGGACCUGGGGGAACUGCAGGACUACCGUAAAACACUCAAGAACAUGAAGUUAGACCUGGAGCAGAAGAAGGAGGUGCUGAGUGCGAUGGAAUCGGACCUGGAUCAGGCGAUUCACUAUAAUGGACAAAUUGAUCAAAAUUUCCACCAGUGUGAUGUGGACUUGCAGAAGUUCUCUGAGCUGGUGCAGCAGAUGAACAACCGCUGGAGCCGCAUCAUCUCUCAGAUCAACACCAGGCUGGGUGAUUUGGAGAAACAUGAGAAGCAGUUGGAUCAGUAUAAACAGAGCAGCACAAACAUCAACCAGUGGAUCGACCAAACGAGUCGUCGCCUGGAUACACUGCAGAACUACAAACUAAACACAGUGCAGGACCUGAACGAUCAUCUGAACCAACACAAGAUGCUACACUCUGAGAUUAAGGGGAAAAAGGACAAAGUGGAGGACAUACAGAAGGACGCCAGCACCUGCGCUGCCUCCGUUAAGGAUUAUGAGCUGGAGUUAGCGUCCUACAGCGCUGGACUGGAGACGCUCCUCAACAUUCCCAUCAAGAGAACCAUGCUGCAGUCUCCAGCAACUAUACUGAACCAGGAGGCUGCAGAUGUUCAGUCUCGUUAUAUCGAGCUGCUGACUCGCUCGACUGAUUAUUACAAGUUCCUGGCUGAGAUGCAGAAGAACAUGGAGGAGCUGAAGAUGAGAAACACUAAAAUUGACCUUCUGGAGGAAGAACUAAGGCGCCUGAAGGACGAAUUGCAGGAUCGUUUGCAGAAGAACCGAUCCCUGGAGGAUGCCAUGGCUCGUUUUAAACUCGAACUCUCCCAGUCUAAGGAACAGAUCAUCUCUAUGCAGGAAGUGAAGAGCACUGAGGCCAUGAGAUACCAUGCAGCUAAGGAGAACCUGGACACCACCCAAAGUCAGCUAAAUGAUCUUAAUGAACAAGUGGCACGACUUAAAAUGCUUAUUGAGGAGGAGAAACGUAAGUGUAGGCUGGCUGAGGAACGUUAUACCAGCCAACAACAGGAGUAUGAGGCUGCCAUCCGCAAGAGACAGAAAGAGCUGGAUGAACUUAACUGGUCCAAGAUCGACUUUGAGAAGGCCAUCAAGGACAAAGAGCGGGAGAUUGAGCGUCUGAAGAUGCAGUUGGAGGAUGAGGCCUCUCGGCGCAGAACAGCGGAAUCUGAAACUUCUAAGGUAAGAAACCAGUGUAACCAGGACAUCAGUACUCUAAAACAAACAUACGAGUCUGAGAUCCACAUAACAAAAACCAGCGUGCUAAAGACCACACAGCAAAAGGAGGAGGACAACAUUGCGCUGAAACUACAGCUGGAGAGGCUCAUGGAUGAGAAACGGGAUCUUGAGGAGGAGCUCAGGAGGCUUCACUUGUCCAUCAGCCAAAUUGAGGAAUCCAGAAAGAGGGCUGAGCAGGAAGCACAACAACAAAGAUCCUCAGGAACUGAUGAGACCAGAAAGCGGAAGGAACUGGAGAUGCACGUUCAGACCAUCACACUACAGAGAACUGAAAUUGAGACCAGGUACAAGGAAGAAGUUGCACAGGCCAACAACAGAACACAGGAGAAGGUUCGUCAGAUCUCGCUUCUCACUCAGAACCUGGAGGAGGAGACCCGGAGGAGAAAAGCUCUGGAACAGGAGAACCAAAGACUACGACAGUCAGAGGCAGACCUGCUCGCCAAGCACAAUUCCUCGAUGGAAGUCAUCAACAAACUGAGAAUCACAGAGAAAGAGACAAACCUGAUUCGCAUCGAGCUGGAGAAGCAAGCAAGUGACAAGGGGAAAGUGGAGCAGAGUGCAGCCAGGAUGCAGACACGCAUUAAAGAUUUACAGGACAUGAUAGACAACCUCAAGGCUCAGCUGGAGAAAGAGAAGAAAGGCAACCAGGAUGAACUUACAAGGAGAAAGAGGAUAGAAUCUGAGUUGGAAAGGGUGAAAGAGGUGUGCCGAGAGUACACGACUACCAUUAACACUCUCCGUGUCACGAAGGAGGAGGAGAGCGCCGCCGAACGCAGGCAUGAACAGGACCUCCGCCGUGUCCAGGAGGAGCUGGACAGAUGUCAGAAAGAAAACACAGUAACUACUGAGAAGCUUAACAGACUGAUGGCCGAGCUGAAGGCAUUGCAGCAGCAGCUAAAUCAGGAGCAGGCUCGCGUCCGCGAGGUCAACAUACGCAAUGAGACUCUGUCCAAGACCAUAGAGGAGAAGAGCCGAGGCUUAAACGAAAGCAUGUCAGAAAUUGACAAGCUCAAGAGUCUUACUCAGAACCUCACGAAGGAAAGGCUGAAGCUAGAGGAGGAGCUGAGGAGUGUACGUCAGGAUCGGGAUGAUUUACGGAGCAACAGAAACAGUAACGAGAGUGAACAUAUGGCCCAACUUUCAGCUGUACAGCUCCAGCUCCAGAGCUCAAAUAAGAGAAGUCUAGAGCUCCAGGCCCUCAUUAGUGAGCUGACAAAAGAGAGGGAAAAUUUAAAGGCGGAAAAAGCCAAAAUCCAAAAGCAGUACACGGAGACAUCUCUGAUGAUCCAUGAGUCUCAGACACACUACAAGGAGGUCCUAGUUGAGCGAGACAGCCUGCUGAGCAAACUGAAGCUGCUGGAAAUGGAGAAAGGAAAGCAGCAGCGUUCUGAGGAAGAGCUGAGUCGCAUCAAGAUGUCACUUGAAUCAGAGAUGCGUCAGAAGCAGCGCCUGCAGGAGGAAAUCGACAAAAUCCGCAAAGAUUUUAACUACUGGAAAAGUCAGUAUGAGAUGAAGGAUGGUCAGGUUAGACAGUGCCAGGCUGAUAAAGACAAGGCUGAGAGGGACAGGUCUUCAAUGCAUAAUGAGAUCACAAAACUCACCACUGAGCUUAGAAGUGUAGAGGAACGCUACCGGUCCCGGCUGCAGAGCUCCGAGCUGGAAGUGUCUGAACUUACCCGCAAGCGAGAGGCCCUGGAAAGGGAACUGCGGAAGCUGCAACAGCGCCCAAGUGUCUUCCCUAAGCAGACUCAGACAGAUGAGAAAGUGAUCACCAUCGACCCAUCAAAGCUUGUUUUUGAUGGCAUUCGCCGAAAGGUGACGGCUCACCAGCUGUGCGACUGCGGGAUCAUUGAUAAAGUUACCCUCGAUAAGCUGCUGAAGGGCCAAAUCACUGUCUCGGAUGUUUCACUGGAGAUUCAGCCCAGGCUAAAAGGUACAGGGGUCAUCGCAGGGGUACAGCAAGACUCCCAGUACAGAAUGCCAAUCACAGAAGCUAAAAGUAAGAACCUCUUGAGUCCACAGAGUGCCAUAAUGUUGCUGGAAGCCCAAGCUGCCACUGGCCACAUGAUUGAUCCAAAGUUGAAUGAGAAGAUGUCAGUAGAUACAGCCUGCUCCAGAGGAGUCGUCGACACAGAGGACAGGGACGUCCUCAUUACAGCUGAGGCAGCUUGUACCGGGUUCAAGGAUCCAUUCACAGGAAAACUUUUGUCUGUUGGACAGGCCUGCAAGAAAGGACGAGUUGACAAGGAGAAGGCCAUUCGACUGCUCCAGGCUCAAGAAGCAGUGGGAGGAAUAAUUGACCCCGUACUGAGCGUGUUUCUACCCAAAGACGCUGCUUUGGACCGUGACCUGAUUGAUGAAGAGCUUUACCGUGCGCUGAACAAAAAGCCAGCUUGUUAUAUCAAUCCAGCAAAUUCCGAGAAGAUCAGCUACAGUGACUUGAGAAAGCAGUGUGGCACAGAACCUGCAACUGGCCUUCUUCUGCUCCCUGUAUGUGAUUACUCGGAGUAUGUCCAGGGGAUCCGUGGCCAAGUCUCCCUUUCUGAGCUUGUAAAUUCCAAUCUGAUUGAUGCAGGAGAUUUGGACAAAGUGAAACGUGGCGUGCUCACAACGAAAGAAAUUGAAAAUAGGCUAAAGAUGUACCUGUCUGGGUCUGGCUGCAUUGCUGGCAUUUAUGAUGAGGCUCAGGAUAGAGUCAUGCCCUUCUACCAGGCAAUGAAAGAAAAUCUUCUCCGUCCAGGGACAACAUUGGAGCUUCUGGAAGCACAGGCUGCAUCAGGCUUCAUGAUUGAUCCAGUCAAUAACGUUUACAUGACCGUGGAGGAAGCAUGGAAGAAAUGCCUUGUAGGCAAAGAAUUUAAAGAUAAACUGCUGUCUGCCGAAAAGGCGGUGACCGGAUACCGCGAUCCCAGUACAGGGCAGCUCAUCUCACUCUUCCAAGCAAUUGAGAAAGAGAUUAUUGAAAAAGGGCAUGGCAUUAGGCUUCUGGAAGCUCAGAUAGCCAGUGGUGGUAUCAUCGAUCCUAAAGAGAGUCAUCGAAUUGAUGUAGACGUGGCUUACAGAAGAGGUUACUUUGAUCGGGAGAUGAACGAUAUUCUGACAUAUGAAGGUGAUGAUACAAAGGGCUUCUUUGACCCAAACACUAAUGAAAAUCUGACUUAUCUGCAGCUGCAGAAGAGAUGUAUUUCUGACACCAAGACCGGCCUGCUCCUUCUGCCUCUGAAGGACAAGAACAAGCUAAAGCAGCUGUCAAGUCAAAAAAACACUCUUCGGAAGAGGAGAGUUGUGAUCGUAGACCCUGAAACUGGUAAAGAAAUGUCCGUGCGUGAGGCGUAUCACAGAGAGCUGAUCGACUAUGCCACUUUUCUGGAUCUUUCAGAACAGGAGUGCGAGUGGGAGGAAAUCACCAUCACCGAUUCGUCUGGCAAGACCCGGUUAGUUAUUGUUGACCGUAAAACAGGUACACAGUAUGAUGUUCAGGACUUCCUGGACAGGGGCAUUAUUCAGAAAAGUGCCUUAGACCAGUACCGCUCAGGAUCGCUCUCGCUCACCCAGUUCGCUAAUCUCUUUUCAAGCAAAAGCAUGAGUGCUGAGCUCUCCAUCUGCACCAGCAUUCCAGAGGAUGUUACAACCUGCAGUAGCCCUACUGAAGUUUCACCAUCUUCUCCAACAGUCCGCAAACGCUUUGCUAGUGUUUCCAUCACACUCUCCCCUCCUUCUGAUAUACUGGAUGACCAGAGCCCGGUUGCAGCCAUUUUCGACACUGAAACCUUGGAGAAGAUUACAAUAACCGAGCUCAGCGCCGGAAUAGUGGACACGAUCACGGCACAGCGGCUCCUGGAGGCCCAGGCUUGCACUGGAGGUAUCAUUAACCCUGCCACAGGGAAAAGGCUCUCUCUGCAAGAUGCUAUACAUCAGAGCAUCAUUGAUGAGGAAAUGGCCAACAAGCUGAAACCAGCUCAGAAAGCUUACACUGGAUUUGAGGAUGUAAAGACCAAAAGAAAAAUGUCUGCUGCAGAGGCCAUUAAGGAGAAAUGGUUGCCAUAUGAAGCUGGACAGAGAUUUCUGGAAUUCCAGUACCUGAGUGGAGGACUGCUGGAACCAGGAGGUGGAAAGCGAGUCAGCAUUGAAGAAGCCAUUCGAAGAGGAUGGCUGGAUGGUAAAGGAGCUCAAAAGCUGCAGGACACCAGGAACUACUUGAAGAGCCUCACUUGCCCUAAAACUAAGCUGAAGAUUUCCUACAAAGAGGCGAUGGAUAACUGUAUGGUGGAGGAAACCAACGGAAUGAAAAUGCUCCAAGCCACAUCUAUGUCCUCCAAAGGUAUCAGCAGCCCCUAUAACGUCUCCUCUGGGCAAAGUUCACGCACAGGAUCCAGAGCAGGAUCUCGGGGAAGCUCCAGGAGUGGAUCACGUCGAGGCAGCGUGGAUUACUCCUCCACCUACACCUUCUCCUCCAGCUCCAACACUUUUACUUCCUUCCCUUAAAAAUAAUCCUGUAUCUCUGGGAGGGGGCAAUAGUUUAUUCCUCUAUUCUUUAUAUUCCACAUCAUAACAUUUUAGAUCAGUAGGGGGCAGGAAAUGUGAUACACCACACUGGGGUUAUUAUUUACUCUAUUAUCUGAUUGGGUGAUUGUGAUUUUCAUCUGGGGUUUUUGGUGCUUGGUUUUUCUCUCCUCUUUUUAAAUCAUGACUAAACUCUAAUCAUUCACUCACUAAAUAUCUAUACACACACACACACACACACACAUAUACACAUCACUUAAUAACACACACACACACACUCACACGCAUAAACACAUCAC